AUGUGCGAUGAGGUAGCAAGAGUUUUAGGACUGGAUUGGGUUUUACUCUGCCUUCAACCCGGCCUUCACAGCAGUACUGUCGUCUGGGCUUUGCGAAUACUUGCCGCCAUCUCAAUUCCUGAAGGAUCGGCUUUUUCUAAGGCUGAGGUAGUCUUGAAAAACGAUUUCUACGUAGAUGAUUUGCUUACAGGAGCUGAUACCGUAGAGGAGGCUAAGCAACUAAGGGACGAGCUUAUUCAACUCACUAAUAUUGAAAAACAACGACUGUGUAAGUGGGUUUCGAAUAGUUCGUACUUGACAGAGGAUCUUCCUGAUUGUUCUAAUAAUAUUCAGCUAAAAAUAAAUCCAGAUAAAACCACGAAAACAUUAGGUGCCUUCUGGAACUAUGCUGAAGAUACCUUUACUUUUGACGUUCACGUUAAAUCGAAUGAGAGUAAUAUUAAUAAACGAGUAAUUCUGUCAGAAAUCGCUCAAUUGUACGAUUCGUUGGGACUGGUUGCACCAGUCAUCGUGUAUGCAAAAAUUCAAAUGCAAGAGUUAUAG